UAUUUAUUAAUAUAAUGCUCUUAAAUUGAACGUACACUUAAUCCCCAGUGCCCUCGUAAAGACUGGGAGGGGAGGGCAGCGUGCGGGAGGGGGGAAGAAGAGGAAGGGGGGAGCGAGCCCGGGUCUGAGCCGGGCAGAGACCAGCGGCUGGCUGGGAGCCUUGGGGAAGCCCCCGCACUGUCGCCUCCUGGCCCAGCCGCCCGGUCGCUGGUGACAGAGCCCAGUCUGCCCGGGGAAAGCCGAUCCUUGCGCACCGCAGAGCGGCACCGCACGGCUCCGCUCCGGCCGCACCCGCGCUGCCAGCGCCCCCUCCCUCAUCCAUCCUCCCCCCAGCUCAGGAGGACGGGCGGCGGCACCGCAGAGGCGGCCCGGCAGUGCCGCCAGCUCCCGGGCGGCGCAUCCCGUCCCUCCUCGGGGAGCCCCGCAGGAGGAGCAGGGCAGGGGGAGCGCCCUGCGUCCCCGCCAGGUUCCACCUCCAUCGGCGAUGCCGCCAGCGCCGCGUCCACCCCCACGCCGGGAGGGUGCCGCCGGGCUUUGCUGAGGUGAGUGGUCACCUCCGGCCGGCUCUGCCUGUCCCCGAGCCGGGACAGGGCUCCGCGCUGCGAUGUCCCCGGCCGAGGCGUGCAGCCCGCUUCGUACAGGACAGGAGCGCUGGGGGCCGGGGAAGUUUCCCUGCGGAACCAGCGCGGCGAGAGGCGGAGCAGCCGCCCCGGAGCUCCAGCUGCCGUAGGGUAAUUCUCUAAUGGACCAAUGAAAGCCAACGAUGACAAGUUGUGGUCAACAGUCCUUGAAUGUGCUGAUCGUUCUGCUCUCAUUACUCUUGUCAGAAGUGUUGUCCGCGCAUUUUCGGGUCUGCGAACCAUACACGGACUACAAAGGUCGCUACCACUUCGGUUUUCACUGCCCCCGUCUUUCUGACAAUAAAUCUUACAUCUUUUGCUGUCACCAUAACAAUACAGUGUUUAAAUAUUGCUGCAAUGAGACAGAAUUUCAGACUGUUAUGCAGAUGAACUUAACAGGGAAUGCAGAUGGAUAUAUGCAUAACAACUACAGUGCACUGUUGGGAGUGUGGAUCUAUGGCUUUUUUGUGGUGAUCUUACUGAUACUGGACCUUUUAUAUUACUCUUCAAUGAACUAUGAUAUUUGCAAAUUUUACCUGGCCCGCUGGGGAAUCCAUGGAAAGUGGAUGACACCGGGACAGAGCCGAUGGAUUAACCCUGCUCAGGACCCAAGACAGACACAGCCUCAGCCAGAGACACAGCCUCGAACAUCACAGACAGUACACACCUUAAAAGGAGAUGCUUUAAACCCACCCCUGGUGUCUUUUCAGAGUACAUCUGCCUGAAAAUUAUAUUGAUGUGCCUCAAAAUGGGAGAGGUAAGACCAGACUUCAAGGAGCAGCUUUCAAGAAAAUCAACUAAAUUACAAGAGGUGAAAAAAUUAUGGAUAAGCAGGAGAGAGAAAGACUACAAGAGGAAGACUGAGCAAGUCACCUGAAGACAGACACCAUUCAAACAACUUCUACAGGCAAAUUAUAUAGAAAGAGUCUCCAGGAGAAAGUAGUCUGUAAGCAAUAUUUUAAUUCUAGACUGACACUAUUAUCUCUGAAACGAAGCAUCAUAUUUGUGAAACUGCUCAGUAGGAAGAAAAUCACAUUGCUCUGGCAAAUCCACGCAAAGGUGGAAAACGAACUCAAGACAAACCUUAGGUAGAUAACUUUUCUUUGCCUCCCCAUCCAUCAAUUGCCAUUUGAGCCUAAUCUCAGCCUAAGUGUCAGAAUCCUGAAUGUGAGUUUUUCCAAAGUUCUCUGGUGAACAUUUUGUAACAAUAGGGUAGAUGCUGGUAAUCCACAUCGUUGUUAAUCAUAUUGUCCUAUGCAUUGCAAAGGUAAGCAAAGCCCUUUCAUUGAGUCAGACUGCAGGGCAAUUUCAACCAUAAAGCACAUUUUUAGAUCACUGGCAAUGACUCUGCUAAGAUUAUCCAAGCCCUUCUUAAAUUCAGGUUCUUGAAGAGGGCAGGUUUAUUAGGAUGCAACACUAUUCCAUCCCCAUACUCCUUGAAGCUAAAAGAGAAAGAAAAAACCCCAGCAAACUGUAUAUUCAAAAGCAAUAAUACCAUUGUCCCUCUGCUUUCCAAGACAAUAGUCAAAUUUCCUCAGCCACUGCCUGGCUGCAAAGUUUACCCCACACAAAUCUCAGAAUCCAUUUGUAAGCCAGAAAGGCAAUGACUUUGCCACAGAAGUAUGUGGAGCACUUGAUCACUGUGUUGCACUAGGUUGACUUAACUUUCCACAGGGCAGGGAUGUUUUAAAAUCAUACAGUACCAAUUACAUGAGCAAAUCCUGUGAAAUUCAGUUAUUUAAGAUAUUUGCAUGGAGAACCUCUCAGUGACAAGCAAACAGAGGAGUUCAUCUGGAAAUCAUAACACAAAGCCAUGAUAAUGCCAGUUUAAUCCUUCAUGUCUAAUAUUUUGUCCUGCAAAUCUCAAUAACUUUAAAAUAACCUUACAUUUUACCAAUUAACCACAACAUGAGGAACACAUUGUUAAUGAAUAAUCAAGUGUUCCUUUUGUAUCUCUUUGGCUGAAGGAAUUUUAGUUUUCUGUUGAACUCAAAGGGGACACUCUUCUCAGUGAUUUGAGUUAGUUCAUAGCUACUGGAGUUCAGGAUGGUAGGUGACUAAAACCAUGAAGGAAUAAAUAGUGUUGGAGGACCCAACAAGGCUGGACACUACAGGAGUGGAAGACCAGUCUUCAAAUAAAGACCAGUCUGAGUAGUAUGCCAACAUACACAUGGCCCUUUGCUUUGUAAACCAACAACUAAACAUGCCAGGUAUCACUGAGUAAGGGCAGGCAGUGCCUAAAAGAACAAAUUCACAGGUGGGAGUGCCACCCUGCAGGCAUGAAACUCCAUCCUGUCCCAGGACUCUCACUCAUCACACUCCCCCAACUUGUAGAGACCUAAGGGAGCUGCCACAGUGCAGAUGGGGUGUUACACCUUAGGAACUCUCCAAGAAAAGCAAAGCAAACUGAGUAGCUGGAGGUGAUGCCAUCCAUGCCAACAUCAUGUUCUUCCACACUUCGUCAUUGGCUCCAAGAUCCAUAACCCCUGCAGACACCCAAAAAAGUAUCCACAGUAACCAGUGUGGCACUCUGCAGUAACUGCUUUUACCUUCUUCCAGCACCUACUUUCAUUGUGAGGUGAUGACUGCCACAGAGAGCUUUGGAAAAAGCUUAUGUUCAUAAAGGAAUUUGUAUUAGAUACUGGUUUGUGUGACUUACUGUAUUUUGUAAGGGUUUUUUUCCCUUUGGGAAUUGUGCGUUAUUAAUGAGCAGUUUUAUGCUUUACUUCUAGUACAUGUAUACCUUGUAAUGGAUGUGCUUUUUGUUUAUUUGUUUUCUUUUAUUCUCUAUACAGAGCCAGUAAAUACAAGGUAGAUACUCUCUGGCUGAAAUUCUGAUUUUGCCUACCAAUUAAUUUAUGGAUAAAUCCAUGUCGUAGCUGGUGAACAAUUUUUCAUCAAUUGUGUUAUAAUCACCUGAUAGUCUCUCUAAUUUAGCAGAAUGAAAGAUACUGGAUAAGACUAAUGCCAGUUUGGGCCUUAAAUUAAAGGGAAAUAGUGCACUACAUAUUUUCCUACCAUCAUUUCAGCCCUUCUUCCUUGCUGUUGGGACACUGGAGAAGAAUACUGGCUACACAAACAGUCACCUGAACACCUCAUCCACCUCUGUAGCUGUGCUCUGACAUCCCCCUGCAUUUACUUGAUCAAAACUAUGGUGGACCAGAUAAACUGCAGUGAAUUUUUCAGUUAUUUCUGCAGAGAGACUGGUUCAAAUGCAAUUCUUCUCUAAAAGAAAUUAUCUGGACUAAAAUAAUUGUAUUUUUCUCUAUGUUCAUUCCAAUAUGUAUGGAAAAAUAAGGGAUCUUAAAUUAACACUUAAAAAAGUGCAUACUUUAUACCUCCCACGUGAUAAUGGCAGCUGUCUAUCUCAGUGGCUGUUAGAGACCUUCCUGCUCCAGAAGCCCUUCCCCUGCCCAAAUAAUUUCCUCUCUCCUGUUUCACUGAAAACUGUGUCCAACUUCUUAGUAAUUGCUGUGUAUAAUGUAGGACAUAAAAAGAUAAGUUAUAAAGCUUGUGCAGGACUCAGUGUUGUAAUUUAACCAUCUUUCGUGCCUGGUUAUGAAUUUUACAAAACACAGAGUGAAAAUAAUCUGGCCUCAAUGUAUAAUUCAGCAUAUUGUAGCAGCUAUUUUAGACACCUGUUUUUUUAUAGUUUUACUACAGCUGUAAUUUCUGUAUGAGCACUGUCCACUUGAAGAAGUGGUGAAGUUAACAUGUCAAAAUGAUUUUUUAAAGUCAGUUCUAUUCCACCACCUGUGACUGUGUAUGAAAAGUAAAGCAACAAAAACAAAACCUCAGCCACUUCUGGGAAGAAACACCUUUUCUCAGCUUGAAAAGUUCUCUUCUGUAAGACAGGCAUUUCUUCUAGUCCUUCUUUUACAAAAGUAGUAAAUUACUAAGGAGAUAAUAUAUAUACAGUACAAUAGUCUAUUUUGAUAGUCAGCAGACUAUUUUAGGCUAAUUAAGCUAACUAGACAUUGUAGGGUUGCAGUGAUUAUUAAUACAUUUAUGAUAAUACUGUUUCCAUAACACUUGGUGUUUGAAAUCAACAUGUGCCAGUGUCCAGUGAUUUGCUAAUCUAGUUUCUGUUCUAAUCCUGUCCUAUUUUUUGCAGCAUUCUCUGACUUCAUAUUUGAAUCAUGUUGUCUUUCUAAAGUGAUUGCCAAGCAAACCAAAAAUGUGUUUUACACUGCUAUUGCACUGCUCUGGUCUUUAUAUACAGUAGUUUUUAUAAAGAUGUCCUUAGGUUUUAAUAAAUGAGUGUAAUGCAAACUAAUCUCUGUAAUAAAACUUGCUUUAGUGUUUCAAA